GAGGAGACGUGUAAAUGAUCUGCAGGCCCAAGGAAGAUCAGGUACUAGUUGCAGCACAGCAAUUCCCCGUUCUCAUUCUCUCUCGACCAUUAUAAAUCCUAGAGUGUUAGCUGCAUCACCUUCAUGGUGGUCAUAGCUAUUCUUGGAGAUAUCUGCGGCAACCAUAUGCAUUCACCAGAUUCUAUAUAGCUAUUCUCGCCUUCCUAUAUUGACUGCAGGUGCGUACAUCAUCAUCAUCGUCUGCGGCACGGUUUGGCGCUUCACAGCACCACCGUGACACCACUAUGGUCGUCGAGAUAAAAAGCACCAGAAAGAAAAGCGAUUGGUCUAAGUAGGUCAGGCAAGGCCUGCACUUCGUGUCACGUUCACAAUCCAUGCAUUGAAGAAGUUGGUUCCACAUAGGACCAAUUCCUCUGUAACAGCAGCCAUGGCGAUCUCCCUUUCCAUGUGAUUGUCCUCGUGUCCCGCGUCCUUCACUGCCAACACACCACAAAUCACACCCUCCAUUCGCAAUCCCUUUUUUCUUCGCUUUUUGAACUGCCCUUUCCUUUUUCUAAUAACCCAGGUUCUGCCUUAUCAUCCUGUCAUUAAGAAGCUCAACGCUUCGGGGCGACCUACUCCCCAUCCUCUUUGCCUUGCCCAUUUUCCUCGUCUACUUCUUAUCUCUGCUACAAUGAUGGCUCCUGAGAAUCGUUCAGAGCAACAUGAUGUGAUCGGCGGAGUGGCCAGUCAUCCUGCUCUUGUUGCCGCUGCUGCUGCUGCUAAAAGGUCUCCUGAAGAUGUCAGCACCGUCUGUGACGAGUCUGAUUGCUACGGCCAUCCUUUCUCCAUUGAAUAUUUGAACCCUUCUCUUCCUUCUCCUCCUCCCCCUCCUCUUCCUGCUGCUUCUGCUCAAGUUCAACUGCAAUCACCCCUACAACCACAGCAUCAGAAUUCGUUUUCGAAUGUCUCUCACCCUCUUGUUCUAUCUAAGCCUCUACGUACUAUCACGCUCAAGUUCGAAGAUGUGGAAUAUAAGAUCAAGGUCGGUUCAGCUGAGAGUGGCGGCUCCUGCUUGCCUGAGAAACCCACUAUCCUGAGGAGCACCCCUGCAGAAAAGACCAUCAUUGAAGGGAUAACAGGGGUGGUCAGACCAGGAGAGAUGCUAGCAAUGUUGGGUCCUUCUGGAAGUGGGAAGACUACCCUUCUCACCGCCUUAGCAGGGAGGCAGCAGGGGAAGGCCUCUGGCAGCAUCACCUACAAUGGGCAGCCUUUCUCUGCUUCCGUCAAGAGGAUGACGGGCUUCGUAAGCCAGGACGAUGUGAUGUAUCCUCACCUCACCGUCAUGGAGACCCUCGUCUUUUCUGCCCUGCUGAGGCUCCCCAACACACUGAGCAAGGAGCAGAGGAUGGAGCAAGCGGAGCACGUGAUGCAAGAACUGGGCUUGAGCAAGUGCAGGAACAGCAUCAUUGGGGGCGCUUUGGUGAGGGGCGUCUCUGGUGGUGAACGCAAGAGGGUGAGCAUAGGACAGGAGAUGCUUAUCAACCCCAGCCUACUGCUUUUGGAUGAGCCCACCUCGGGCAUGGACUCCACAACAGCCCUGAGGAUCGUGGCCACGUUGCAAGGUCUAGCACGAGGGGGCCGGACGGUGGUGACCACCAUUCACCAGCCGUCCAGCAGGUUGUUCCAUAUGUUCGACAGGAUUCUACUGCUGUCUGAAGGCAAAUGCAUCUAUGGUGGCAAGGCAUCUGAGGCGAUGGGAUAUUUCUCUUCCCUUGGAUUUGCUCCAUCUGUUGCCAUGAAUCCUGCUGAUUUCUUGCUUGAUCUUGCAAACGGUGGGGUGCCGGAGUUGAAGACUGGAAGUCUCCUUGAGCCGCCUGACCACAAUUCAUGUUCUGCUAUUAAGCAGUCACUUGUCCUGUCAUACAACACGAACCUAGCCCCUGCCAUGAAAGCAGAGCUCCUCUACAAUGACUAUUGCUGGGACCAACAUAACUCUUCUACUGCGCCUACGAAGCAAGAGAAAUCUGUUCCCCAUUUUCCGUCCUCGCGCCAUGGUGAGGAGAAUCAUUGGAACACAGGUUGGUGGGAGCAAUUCAAUGUGUUGCUGACGAGAAGCUUGAAGGAGAGGAAGCAAGAGUCUUUCUCGGGUCUCAGGAUAUUCCAGGUCGUGUCUGUCUCGAUACUCUGCGGUCUCAUGUGGUGGCAUUCCAAAGUUUCCAACAUCCAAGAUCAGGUGGGCUUGCUCUUCUUCUUCUCCAUCUUCUGGGGCUUCUUCCCACUCUUCAAUGCAGUGUUCACCUUCCCACAGGAGAGGCCCAUGCUGGUGAAAGAGCGUCAUUCCAGGAUGUAUCGUCUCUCUUCCUAUUUUGUGGCCAGGAUGGUCGGUGAUCUGCCCAUGGAGCUGGUCCUCCCCACCCUGUUCGUGACCAUAUCCUACUGGAUGGGAGGCCUCAAGCCAAGCGUGCCAACCUUCGUUUUCACCCUCCUUGUCAUCCUCUUCAGCGUUCUGGUGUCUCAGGGCGUAGGCCUAGCUCUCGGCGCCGUGCUCAUGGAUGUCAAGCAAGGGGCAACCUUGGCCUCAGUUUUAAUGCUCACCUUCCUCCUUGCUGGUGGCUACUACGUUCAGCACGUUCCUCUCUUCAUGUCUUGGCUCAAGUACUUCUCCUUUAGCUACUACUGCUACAAGCUACUGCUUGGUGUUCAAUACUCAGAUCAGGACUACUAUGUCUGUGGUGAGGGCGCUCUGUGCAGGGUUGCAGACUACCCUGCAGUAAAGCAUGUGGGGCUCGACCACAAGGGGUUUGAUUUGGCUGCAUUAGCUAUUAUGCUUGUAGGCUACAGGUUGGUCGCUUAUGCUGCUCUGAGAAUGGGCAGGGCAGGACGUUAACAGUAUAGUUGUUUUUUUCUCUUUUCUUUCAUUAUCUUCACUUGGAAGAAUGUGGAAGAUUGUAUAUAUGAUAGUCUGAAACUUUACUGUGGCUGGAGAAGAGAUGGGGAGCGCGUAGUGGGAGAGGCGGCAGUUCAUGGUGGCCACCUGGAACUCAAAAUCAGGGAUUGCUCCAGAUGCAGAGUCUAUCAACAUGGCAGCUUGAUCGUACAAACCCUGGUCUAGGUGAUGGAAAGAGACUGGUCAGAACUAGGUGGUCAGAUAAAAGGCACAGUCCAGAAGAAGAACCGUAACGAUCCAAUAUUGUAUUUUCAAUUUUUGUUGUUUACUGUUGUAACAUUCCUCGAUUUUGGUAACUGUAUAGUACGAGAUAUUGUCAUGCGUAAUGUAUUAUUUGCAUGGAUUAAUAUGAAGAUAUACUUUUUUUUUAA